UUUUACUUGGUGGCGCAGCGGCCCUGGAAGUCGGGGCUGAAGAGAGAAGAAGCUAUAUCCGGAGGGAAAGACGGACAGACGAAUGGAAAAAGUGGCGGCGGAGGGAUAUUCGGUUAUUUUGAGUCGGUUUGAAUGGAGAGCGGGAGAAAGAAGCCGGUAAAUGAAGGCAGGCGGCCGUUGAGGGUAGAACGUGUAGCGCGAAGCAGGGCUGCUCUGUGUUAGGAGUCACGCUAGGGAGACAAGCGGAUGAGUAGGGCAGUUGCAGCUUUUUACCCUUUUGGUGUGGAAAUUCAGGACUGGUGACUGAGCUGAUAUUCUUAAAGAAAUGAUUAGUCUCACUGCUUAAUCAAAAAUCACAAAGACUUACCCAAUGGAAAACUUGUGUAAUAAGAAGGUGCUUUCGGAAUGCAACCAAUAUUCGUGGCAUGGAGUCUGCUUCAGCAGUGCAAACAAAGAAAACUGUCACUCUUCAAUCUGCUCAUCAAAUGUCCCAAAAGAAAAUAUCCCAACAAAUGCUUUCACAUUCUCUCUGACACUGAACGACUCGGGAAGCCCUUCUGUAGAUAAGCCAACUUCUUUGGAAAAUGUAAACUGUAUAACUCCUAAUAAGGAUGAAAGAGAAACAAAUGCAAACUGUGAAAUGAUCAACCAAGCUACAUCAUCAAUAGACUUUUCUGCUCUUACAGCAGCUGAUUUUGGAAUUUCACCAGCGUCUUUUACUAAAUAUAAAGGGAUGUCCACAAGCAGAUUAAAAAAAUUAAGACGGCAAUCUACAAUUGGAUUGCGGGGUUCUCCAGAAAAUAAUGCUCUUAUCAGAUAUAUUGCUCACCGAAAGAGAAUGACGACUGAAGAUCCUCCCUUGCAGGCCAGCCCUUUUCAGCGAAAUGCUUUAUUGAAAGAUAAAAUAGCUGCCUUCCAAUCAUCCUUUAAGCCACUUGAAGAGGCAAAGGAAGAAAUGACCCAUAUACCGUACAACUCUAAACAAGCUGGCACAAGAUCCCAUGAACAGUCUCAACUGGACCAAGUGAAGCCAUCAGAAUGUAAGACAGUUGCUCUUGAGGAUGCCCUAAACUGUAAAUCAACUACUGGAGAAAAAACUUCAGCUGAUAUCCAGACAAUUUCAGUUUUGCAACCAAAUUCUAUGGAAUCUGGACACGUACCAUUGGAAGCUGCUUCAGUUGCAGUCAUCUCAGAGACAUCAAGUGGUAUCCUGUCACAAACAACUAAUGAAGAAUUAAUCAGCAAUCUUACAUCUCAGCAAAGCUGUAAGAAGGUCAGAUUUGCAGAGAAACAGAGCUUGGAAAUAUUUGAUGAAACCAAGCCACCCAUUACCCCUCUGCAAAAAGGACGCUUACCUUCCAUAUACCACGACAACUCCUGUCUUCGUUCUGUUCUGAAGAAAACACCAGUAAGGAUGUUAGUUGAGGAGCUGACGGAGCAUCUUGAUUAUACCAGUAUGCGGAAAGGAAGUGAAGAGCUGUCAGUCUUCCAAAGCUGUGGACCACUGCAAACAGAAAGAAGUACCCGACCAGUAGACAAAACAGAGGUACACAGCAAGGAGCUAGUAGUGGAAGUAUUUGAUGCACUUCAGCCUGUAGAUACUCCAAUCUGUAGUGGAGAAGCCUCGUUCAGUCCAUCUGAAUCAAGGAAUGACAGUUCUUCCAGCAUAACUCCCAUGAAAAAACCUUUGUCCCAACCGAAUUUUGAUGGUGAUGAUGAUCUCCUUCAAGAGUUAUCAGAGGUAGUUUCUACAGCUCAAACUGUUGUGAACUCCAAUUAUCUGGAAGUUAUAGAAAUAAAAAAAAGUUCUCCUGAUCUUCAGGCUACUUGUAUUAGAGCCACACGAUCCUCUGCUAAAAAGCAGAUCAACAAAGUAGAAGAAACAAGUGAUGGCCUUACAAGUGAAACUCGACCCAAGAGGACUUGUACUACCAUUAAGGUCCCAAAUCCUAAAAAAUUCCAAAAAAACCCCACGGUAACAAAGUCUACUCCUAAAAAAACACCUGCUUCUAGGAGCAAAGCUUAUGGAAAGAGGAAAAGGAAAAAAAAGACGCAGAAAGCAUUUCAUGGGCAUUAUGAAACUGUGUCUAAGAAACCUCUCUUGAGUCCAAUUCCUGAGACGACAGAAGAUGUUUCCCUUAUAUCAUCUUAUCAAAGCACUCCAGAGUCAUCAGUUUCCAUCUUAGAUUGUUCUUGCUCCAGUAUCAUACAUGAAACGCAUGAAAAGACAAAUAACGUAAUGCAUAGUACAGAAGAAGAUGGCAAUUACCUGCAUUCCAGCUUGAGUGCUGUGUUGGAAGAUGCUUUACCUGAGGGCGUAUCAUGCUCAUCCUUACAACUGCAAGAUGCUAUUCUGAAUGACACACAAACUGCGCUUCCUUUGGAACCACCUGGUAGUGAUUCUUCCAGAAACAUAAAUAAUACCUCAAAUGGACAGGUACCGAAAAGCGAUUAUUCAAGUGAGAAUGAGAUGGACCUGGGCUUACUAAACCAGCAAGGAACUGGUGAAAAAAACAGUAAAGAAGCUUCACUCCUUGUUGUGGAUUCUGCAAUAAAGCAGCUGAGCGGAGGUGACAUCAAUAUGAACUUCAAAAGAAAUCCAAGGAGGAGCAGAAGAAUCACCUCCUACCUCCCCAGUGUUGAGGAUUUUCAGUCUGAAACACUUAGGAACAAUUCCUGUCUUUCUGGAGGUAAUACAGAAGAACUACCCUGUAUGCCUCAGGCUGUAAAUGAUUCUGGAUUCUUAAAUGAUGUACUGAACUCUAUAGAGGAAUCUUUCAAAAGUGUAACCAGUAGUACUCAAAAAAGGGUGAGACGCAGCAUGAGGCAGCUGAAGAAUGCAGAAAGCGAGGGUCUCGCAUGGAUUUCAGUUUCUAAUAAUGAUUCUGCCCACAAAGCCAGGAGAAAGACAUAUACCUUCUGUCCUCAAGAAUCAGAGAUGCUAUAUCAAAAGCAAGAAAACUGGGCCCAGAUUCUUUCUCCAAAAAUGGAGGAACAGAAAAGCGCUCAUGUUACAGUGGAGCCUCACAGGCAGCGGAAGAGAAGGAAGAGCAUUGUCACCAAUGUCAGGGAGAAAAUUAAAAUAGCGUCUCGUACAUACAGAAGAGUGAGCCUUGGGUAUAAAACUGACUAG